AUGAGCUAUAAGAAAAAUGGAAGGAGCAUAUUUUCCCCCAAGAAGAAUGAGAAGGUGAUAGAAUUACAAGAAAAUCCUACUACUGGUUCGUCACAAGAACACUUGGGGCCAAUUUCGGGAGCCGAAAGAAAGAUUCAGGCAAUCUUGGACGAGCAUGCUCAAAUUAUUUUUCUACCGAAAGAAUGCGAAAAGGUUCAUCGAAUUCGAAAAGCUCUUGGGGAACAGCUCCGUGUCUGGUGCGAGGAAUGCGAGGAACGAGCCAUGAAUUACAAAAGCAAGUCGAAAAAACUUCAAGAAGAAUUCUAUAUUCAAAAAGAGCUCGUAGAGCAAAUUACUACUAUCAAAGCAUCAAUUCAGGAGAAAGAGCGCGCACAGGAAAUUACGGAUCUGAAGACUUUAAUAGCAGAAGUCAGCAAAGAAAUAUCAGAGUUGGAAAGGAAACUUUCCAUUUUAUAUGAUCAUCGAUCCCACCUUGUAAAGCGUUUACAAACAUGCGACUCGCUUGAACAAACAGAGAUCCACGACUUAGAAGAUCAACUUUUGCGAUUACAAGAACAGUACGACGCUCGGCCCCAUGUUAACAAAAUCACAAGAACCAUAUACGCAUUACGCGAAAAAGAAUCUUUUUUACGAUUCAUGGUAAGUCAAGCGAAUUCUGGUAUCCAAUUUUACCAGCGCUUUGUAGAAGAAGUCCAUCCUUCUGAAAUGAAAUUACAGUCUCUGUCUCCUUCUACUGCUACUUCCAAGGCUGAUUUACCAAUAUCUGAAGCCGAACGUUCGGAAAUCGCGACUUUAUUAUCCUCCAUCUUGCACUCCUUCAAGUCUGCUCUCGAAGUGGCAAUCUCUAACAACUGGAAGCCCAUUAUUAUUCUUUUGGAACAAGACAUAGUACUAUAUGAAGAAAGAAUGAACAGUUUUUCGUCUAUGACCCCAUCCGAUACUUCCCUCGAAAUUGCUUCCCAGAAGUGA